GCAUCUUCAAGCCUGAAUACCAAUAUCCCAAUCCAUUCUUUUCUUUCGUUGCAUCAGAUUCAACACAUCCUCAUGAUAGAUUGUGAGAUCUGACUUUGAGUUUGGUUCAUUUUACUGGCCGGUCAAGAGCAUCAUCUCAGCGAAUCGCGGCGCCAUAUAAGAAAUCUCAACUCGUGGAGGGGCGAACUCGCCAGGACAAGCUAUACGGGGACCAGACGAACGACGGUCAUAUUUUGAAGAUAUUACAGAGUCUCACGCAGCCAAGGCCUUGGUUGGAGCUUACGCUCUUACCAUACUCUUUCUCUAUCUCUCUCUGCGUCACUGUUACUAUACCUGAUAGACAAGAUCUCAACUUUCUCUCAGUCUGUCUUCCGUGGCCUGAGUUAGGCCACACCUUACCGCCAAGAUGGUCAAUAUUACAGAGAAGAUCAAGGAAAUCGAGGAUGAGAUGAAGAGGACCCAGAAGAAUAAGGCCACAGAGUACCACCUGGGUCUGCUGAAGGGCAAGCUCGCCCGCCUCCGUGCACAGCUCCUCGAGCCAGGACCGGGUUCUGGUGGUGGUCCGGGGGCAGGCUUCGACGUGAGCAAGAGCGGCGAUGCCAGAAUAGCCCUCGUAGGCUUCCCGUCCGUGGGCAAGUCGACCUUCCUGUCCAAGGUGACCAAGACCAAGUCUGAGGUUGCUAGCUACGCCUUCACCACCCUGACGGCCAUCCCGGGCGUGCUAGAGUAUGGAGGUGCCGAGAUCCAGCUGCUGGAUCUGCCUGGAAUCAUCGAGGGCGCCGCCGAGGGUAAGGGCCGGGGGCGGCAGGUCAUCUCUGCUGCCAAGACGAGCGACCUGAUCCUCAUGGUGCUGGAUGCGACGAAGCGGGCAGAGCAAAGGGCGCUGCUGGAGGCAGAACUCGAGGCCGUUGGGAUCCGGCUCAACAGGGAGGCACCGAACAUCUACCUCAAACCCAAGAAGGCGGGCGGGAUGAAGAUCAACUUCCAGUCACCACCCAAGAACAUCGACGAGAAGAUGGUGUACAACAUCCUCCGCGACUACAAAAUGCUCAACUGCGAGGUGCUCAUCCGCGAUGACGAGGCGACCGUCGACGAUUUGAUCGACGUCAUCAUGAAGGACCACCGCAAGUACAUCAAGUGCCUCUACGUCUACAACAAGAUCGACAGUGUCUCGCUCGACUUCCUCGACAAGCUGGCCCGCGAGCCGCACACCGUCGUCAUGAGCUGCGAGCUGGACCUCGGCAUCCAGGACGUCGUCGACCGCUGCUGGAAGGAGCUGGCUCUGAUCCGCAUCUACACCAAGCGGAAGGGCGUCGACCCGGAUUUCAGCGAGGCCCUGAUCGUGAGGAGUAACAGCACUAUUGAGGACGUGUGCGACCGCAUCCACCGCACGCUGAAGGAGACGUUCAAGUAUGCGCUGGUAUGGGGUGCCAGUGCAAGGCAUAUACCGCAGAGGGUAGGGCUAGGCCACGUUGUGUCGGACGAGGAUGUGGUUUACAUAGUGAGUGGAUGGAAGGCUUAGAACAGAACCGUGCUUGGGAAAAUCAAAGCGAUUCUUGUCUUCAGAUCACAGCCACCAGUUGAACGCACAAGUAC